AUGUAUCGAGUGCUUUUGAGCGGCGCCGCCGGCAGCGGAAAAGGAACUAUCGCACGAAUGCUCGUUCGCGAGUUCGAACCGCUCGGAUUCAAUUACUUCGCAGCCGGAGACUUCAUCCGCGAUCACAUCGCCAGAGGCACAGGUCAGUCAUCUUUCCUCUCUUCGUCGGAAUCAAAAUAAUUUUCAGAAUUCGGUUUGCGCGCGCAAUCGUUCCUCAAUAAGGGCGAGCACGUGCCGGACAGUCUCCUCAACGGAGCCGUUCUCGCCGAAAUGCUCAAAGCAGGUCCACGCGUCGUGUUGGACGGAUAUCCACGCAAUCUGAGUCAGGUCAAGAUAGUCGAAGAGCAGGCGCCACUGAAUCUGGUCGUCGAGCUCAAAGUGCCACGCAAAGUGCUCAUCGACCGUCUCUCGAAGCAGUUGGUUCAUCCGGCUUCCGGAAGAGCCUACAAUUUGGAAGUCAAUCCACCGAAGGAAGAAGUGAGUGCAAAGAAAGAAUUCUGAAAAUAUUUAGAUACGUUUCAGGGCAAAGAUGAUGUGACGGGCGAGCCACUGUUCAAGCGCAGUAUGGAUCAGUUGGAGGUGGCGAGAAGGCGGCUGGAGGUGUACGACAAGACCGAAAACAAGGUGUUGGACUACUACAAGUGGGUUUCCUUCUUGAAGGCACGAACUGAAUUGUGUUGAAUUUCAGAAAACAAAACAAGUGCGUGACUCUUUCGGGAGAGUCCUCAAAGGUCGUCUUCGAGUCGGUGGCCGAUAUUAUCCGUCGCGACCUGAUCACAACAGCCCCACGCACCGCCUACGCCUAA